AGAAGAAGAACUUGUUCAAGAACUAGAGAGUUAGAAAAUGCCGCGCUGUUUUCUCAUUCAAAGUUUUGUAACUGCUAAUAUUCUGGCUGGAAUUAACCCAGGAUUAGGAGUAUAUCAGCAUAUAAGAAACACAGCUAGUUUUAGCAGUAUCAAGCCUGAGCUGGGAGCUGAAUCUACAAAUAUCACAGCAGUUAUCGGUCAAACCACACAUCUACACUGUAUUGUCAAACAUAUAGGAGAUAGGACGGUAUCCUGGAUACGGAAAGGUGACCUCCAUGUGCUGACCAGCGGAGCUCACACCUUCACAGGAGACAGAAGAUUCUCCUCUUUGCACUCAGACUCAUCAGACUCUUGGAGCCUUCAGAUAAGGUAUACCCAACUGAAGGAUGAAGGGGAGUAUCACUGUCAGAUAAACACAGAACCAAAAAUGAGCUUACCAAUCUUUCUCAGCGUGGAAGAAGCUAAGGCAGAGAUCCAGGACAAGGACCAGGAUUUGUUUGUGAAGAAAGGAAGCAGGUUGGAGCUCAGGUGUCUAGUCAACAAGGGCGAGGGUGUUCAUGAGAGUAUGGCAGUCUUCUGGUACCUUAACUCAAGAGUACUGGAUUGGAUGGGUCAGACUGGUCCUGGGUUUGGAGCUAAGGUUCUAGAGAAAAAUGGGGAAAUGUUUGAAAGCAUCCUCAGGAUCAGUAGAUCAAGAAUGGAGCAUGACGGAUUGUUUACCUGUGGACCAACUCUGGGUAGAGAAGAUACAGUGAGGGUUCAUGUAAUUGACGGAGAGCAGCCAGCAGAGAUGAAAUCCAACACGGCUCCGUCCUUGAAAUUUCAUUCUUCUCUCUUCAUCCUGAACCUAAACCUAGUUCUUAUCAUUCUUCUAAACCUCGCCACAUUUUCUUCCUCCUAAUCCUGAACCUAGUUCUAAUUCUUCUCCUAAACCUUCCCACACUCUCUUUAUCCUAAAUAUGAAACUAGUUUUACCCAUCAUCCUAAACCUGCACCUAGUUCUUCUCCUUCUCCUAAACCUAGUUAAAAUCGUUCUUCUAAACCUAGUUCUACUACAUUCUCCUAAACCUAUGGUUCUACUCCUUCUCCUGAGCCUAGUUUCGCCUUCUUCUAAACCUAGUUAGGCUCCUUCUCCUAAACCUAGUUUUUCUCCUUCUUCUAUACCUAAUUCUACUCCUUCUCCUAAACCUAGUUCUUCUAUAUUCUCCUAAACCUAUGGUUCUUCUCCUUCUCCUAAACCUAUUGCUUUUAUAUUCUCCUAAACCUAUAGUUCUACUCUUUCUACUAAACCUAGUUUUUCUAUAUUCUCCUAAAUCUAUGGUUCUACUCCUUCUCCUAAACCCGGUUCUUCUCAUUCUCCUAAACCUAGGUCUUCUCCUUCUCCUAAACCUGGUUCUUCUCCUUCUCCUAAACCUAGGUCUUCUCCUUCUCCUUAACUUAUAGUUGUACUUCUAAGAAACCUCUA